AGAGGGGGACGGGCUUCCCAGUCACUCACUAGCUGUUCUUCCGCCAGGACAGAGAGAGGGACAGAGAAAGGAGCAGAAAGAGUGCGAGGAGUGUAAGCAACGACGACUGACACUGAAGAUGGUGCUCUUGACAGCCAAAAUCAUGGAGAGGACUGCGCUCUUUGUGAUAUUCGGGGGUCUGGUCACUACUCUGGUCACCACCUUCAUUCCCCUGUGGAAGACCUUGAACUCAGAGCUGAACGAAGUGGAGAACUGGUACUCAGGCCUGUGGCACAUCUGCAUCUUUGCCGAGGAGGUUGGGAUGCAAUGUAAAGCCUUUGAAUCCCUCCUGGCCCUGCCCAUGGACUUGCUGGCUUCCCGGGUGCUCAUGCUGGUGUCUGUGGGUACCGGGGCCCUAGCCGUGGUGGUGGCCUUCCCAGGCCUGGAGGGGGUGGAACUGGGCUCUGGGAGGCAGCAAGGGUUAAAGAGGGGCCUACUCAUUGUCAGCGGGGUGCUGUCCUGGGUGUCGGGGCUCACAACACUGGCCCCCGUCUCCCUGGUGGCCUACGUGACCCUGGUGGAGUUCUGGGACGAGAACCUGCCUGACGUCGUUCCACGCUGGGAGUAUGGCGAGGCCAUGUUCUCCGGCUGGUUUGCGGGUCUCUUCCUGGUCAUUGGAGGCUCUCUUUUCUUUGUGGCUGUGUGCAUGGCGGAUCACGACCUGCAGCAGCGAGUGGCCAGCCUCCCAAACACCCCCCAGGAGAAGCCAAGGAGUCAGUACUACUUAAAGACAGAGGUUUUAUAGUCUCAUUUUCACUUAAUGAAUGGUGGUAGCUUAGAAUGCCUAGUUUGAAGGAGAAUGAUAAAGUUGAAUUCAGACUGCGACUGCCUGGGUUUAUUUUGAAAUAUGAAAGGUCACGUUUGAAAUGUUUGAAAGAUAUAUUUGUAUAUUUCAAUAUUGUUGAACAAGGAUAAAGUGCUGUAUUUCCGAUGGAAAAGUGCAAUGAAAACCUUUUGUCUGUAA